GUGCAGCUCACACCGACGCAGAGCUCAUCUCCUCCAUGACGCAAAAAAUCACUAUGUUGGAACAGAAAAUAGAGAAACAAGGACAAGAAAUCCAACUGAAGGACAGGAGGAUUGCUGAGCUUGAAGAGAAGAUGAGGAUUCUUCAGAAAGGAGAAGGCGCUCCUGAGUCAUCCACAGCAGAGGAACUGGAAAUUAGGUGUCUUCAGCUGCAGACCCAGGUCUGGGAGAUGGAGCGGUUUCUAAAUGACUAUGGUCUGAUUUGGGUUGGAGAGGGUCAUGAACAGCUACAAGAUUUAGAAUCGCUCAAGGAUGAGGGAGAGCUGCCAGCAAGGAGCCUGUGGAAGCCAGGCGAAGCAGCUGCUGCCGACCACCAGGUUGAUUUUGAUUUGGUCUUGGAAAGGGUGAAGGAUCUGAAUGUGCUGGCUGGAGAAGGCAUUUCUCACAUCGAGCACACGCCUGGGGGUGCUCGGCUGAGACGGCCAGAACCUGUCCCCCUCACGCUGUAUCAAAAUGGGAUCGUCAUGUCCAACGGACCCUUUCGGCCCUACGAGGACCCAUCCACACAGCAAUGCCUGCAGGACAUUACGGAGGGUUAUUUCCCAUCAGAGCUGCAGACGCGCUACCCAGACGGCAUCCCUUUGCAGGUCACGGACAGAAGAGACGUCAUAUUUCAGGAGAGAGACCAUCCAGGGAGUUUUCCUGGCCACGGCCAAGUGGUUGGCCAUUCAGAAUCAAGUGAGGUGCAGGAAACCAUCAAGCUCCCAGGUCCCAAAGUCUCCUCGGAGCAGUUUCUCAACAAGCUUUCCAAGCCCUCAAAACACAGAGAAGCGACGGAUGUCCGAGGCUCAGCCAGAGCAGCGCAGCAGGGCUCCGACGGGGUGCGGAGCAGCCCAGAGAUCCUGGUGGAGACACCCAGGCUGUCUGCCCUGGAGAGGGUGAGGACAGCUGAAGAGGCUGAAGCUUCUGCCCCCGACGUCUGUGCUCUCCGCGUCAGGUCUGAGAGCGGAGAGCAGACGUACAUCGUAAAGAUGCUGUUCACCGAGACCAUAGGGGACCUGCGCCAACACCUCGCCCACAUCAGGGGUGGAGACUCCAACUCAUAUGAGAUCAUCAGUACCUUUCCCCAGAGGGUGUACGCAGACAACUCCAGGAGCCUGCAGGAAUGUGGCCUGAUCCCCAACGCCUCCUUGCUGCUACGGAGAAGGGACCUCCCAAAAGAGGGGACAGGGCUUCAAACAGCCUAA